GAAGAAGAGAGAGAGAGAAUCCUGUUGAGGGGCACCUGGUGGCCCACCGAUGAGAUAUGGCUGAGAUGGGCGCCAGGCGAAGAUCCAAAAAGGCAGGGAUCCGGGCAGCGGUGGUGCUGAUAGGGUUACUGCACAGAUCCCGCAAGGAAAAAGACAGAAGGAAACAGGAAAUGGCUAACGGAGCUGACGUGAGCAUGCAUGAGCCGCGCCUGUCACCGCCAUACACCGCUCCGCCCAGCACAAAGUCCACCGAGUUCUUUGACAUGCUGGAGAAGCUGCAGGCUCCGAAAAUGGAGGAACAGAAAGACAAGACUCCGAAACAGAAGGAUGAUUACAUUCCUUACCCCAGCAUCGACGAGAUCAUCGGCAAAGGAGGGCCCUUUCCGCCUAUUAUCCUCCCUCAGUUUGGGGGCUAUUGGAUUGAAGGGCAGGAAAACAUCAACACGCCUACGUCAUCCGAGAGCAGUUUCUGUGAGGACGAUGUGGUGGAUAAUCUGAGCCCCAGCACGUUUGGGUACAAACUGGAAUGCAACAGCACGGCUAGAGCCUACAGAAAGCACUUUCUUGGCAAGGACCAUUUGAACUUCUACACCUCUUGCAGUGUCCUGGGGAAUUUGGUGCUCUCGGUCAAGUACGAAGAUAACGAUGGUCAAGAAUAUCUAAGGAUAAUACUCAGGUCCAGGUCUAAAACGAUACACGAGCGACUGCCACUGGCUGGAGCCCCCCAGCUGCCCAGUAUCCCACUGAUAGCAAAGCUCCUCUGUGACGAAUUGUCCAGUGUGAAGUUUGCUCCUGUUCUUUACCCCAAGGCGUCCCAGCUGAUUGUCACAUACGACGAACACGAGAUCAAUAACGACUUCAAGUUUGGUGUGAUUUAUCAGCAAUUAAGUCAGACCACGGAAGCGGAAUUGUUUGGGAACAAUGAAGAAAGUCCUGCCUUUAAGGAAUUCCUACAGCUGCUUGGAGACACAAUCAUACUCCAAGAUUUCAAAGGGUUCCGAGGUGGCCUUGACGUGGUACAUGGUCAAACUGGGAUCGAGUCCGUCUACACCACGUUCAAGCGCAGGGAGAUAAUGUUCCACGUCUCCACGAAGCUUCCGUUUACAGAGGGAGACACCCAGCAGCUUCAGAGAAAACGUCACAUCGGGAACGACAUUGUAGCCAUCGUGUUCCAGGAGGAAAACACGCCCUUCGUGCCAGACAUGAUCGCCUCGAACUUCCUUCACGCCUACGUCGUGGUGCAAGUGGAGAAUCCAGGCACCGAUUCGACCAUUUAUAAGAUUUCAGUUACUGCUCGAGAUGGAGUUCACUUGUUUGGACCGAUGCUGCCAAGCCCACCCGUCUUCAAGAAGGGCACCGAGCUCAGGGAGUUUCUGCUCACAAAGCUCAUCAACGCGGAAAGCGCUUGCUACAAGUCCGAGAAGUUCGCCAAGCUCGAGAACCGAACGCGAGCAGCUUUGCUGGACAACCUCCACGACGAGCUCCACACACAGACGCAGGCCAUGCUCGGGCUGGGCUCUGAUGAAGACAAGAUGGAAAACGGGGGCCACGGGGGAUUCCUGGAGUCUUUCAAGAGGGCAAUUCGCGUCCGCAGCCAUUCGAUGGAGACGAUGGUCUCGAGCCACAAGAAGCACCACAGCGUAGGGAUUCCUGGGAGCCAGAGCGGUGGUGUGGCACACAGCACAGUGGAGAACAUCAAGCACACACCCAUACAACAGGUAAAGAUGCUGAAGAGCCCGGUGAAGCGAAGAUCAGGCCUCUUCCCUCGACCCCUCGCAGGCUCGGACGGACAAUCAGACAGCCGCCCGCGAUGUGAGAGCUUGUCAAGUUUACCAAGAACGCCUGAGAGCAGCCAAAUCAUACAGGAGGUCAAAUGGGACACUUCCUCCAAUCCCAGCUCGCCUGAAAUGUGCCCCAGCAAAGACAGGAUCUUCAAUAAACUCAAGGAGAACGGGAGGGACAACAUCUCACAUUCUUCAUCGAGUACCAGCAGCUUCAGCAGCACUGCCGGCGAGAGCGAGGCGAUGGAGGAGUAUGAGACCAGUGCAGGAAGCCAGACGUCCAUGGCGUCUCCUUUCCGACAGGAUGUUUUUCUCUACAGCCCGUUGGGGAACAGCGAAAACCAAAACGUCUUCAACCCAGGCAGCUCCUGCAAGAGCCCCACAGACACGGCAAAGUGCAAAACCUCCCCGGGAGCUGCUCUGAAAUUCCGGUUCGAGAAAGUUCACCACAACCCAAACACGAGUCACUAGUGGGAAGUGAGCACUUCACCUGGAAACAGAUUUAUAAGUAAACGCCAACCCAGCUAACGGCCCUUUAGUGCGAUGCGCCAUCGCCAUUUCUUUGACGGCUUUGUGAGAACUCGCAUUCACUACAAAAAGUAGCUACGGAAAAGUUUUGCCCUUCGCUACCCUUAAAGCUGCGUCUUUUGUUUCUCUCUCUCUCUCUCUUUCUCUCUUACUCUCGCUCUCUCCGUUCCGCGAGGAAGGAGAGUAGCACUGAGACAUCCCACCUGCUGUGUCAGGGGUUCAAAUAAACUGCUCCAAGUAUUGCCUCCUGAGGAGAUACCCUCCAUGACUCCGAGUGACCCAGAGGACAGCACAGAGGGGAGAUCUUUGACCUUGGUUUCAGUUUGUUUGUUUGUUUGUUUGUUUCUCAUGUAUUGGCCGUACAAAUUGUGAAGACCAGGCGAGGCUUGAACCUUAUUUUUUUAACAAAAGCCAAAAUGAAACACGCCAAAAUGUUUCGAGAUUGAGAGUAUCACGCCCUCGUUUCCAGAUCGAGGCGAUGAAAUAUAUUUUGUUUGAAGAUUAUG